AUGGAUAUCAGGCUUAAACUCGCCGAGUUACAGAAGUCAAGAAAACAGCGAUUUCCAAUCGAUGAAUCGUCUGAAUUUAAUCAAGAACAGCAACAAUCCGAGCCUUAUAGAUAUGUGAGACGAGGAUUUGGUUUGGUGGUCAAUUCUUCGCCAGGCAUUCUGUCAACAUCUCUCGCAUAUUUUGCGUCAACGCAUGUGGUUAUUACUCAAAUUGAAUUGCAAUUGGGAUCAGAAGCUUUUCAAAGAGGGGUCCAUGUACAUGAAAUACAAGAAGUUAAUGAAAAUAGUUAUAAUUUUUCAGGUUUUUUGUUUUGUUUUUAGUGAUUUUUAAUUAUUAUUCGGUAAUUGUAUUGAUUUAUCUACUUAUCCUGUGUUAUCAAUUCGGUGUUUUUAUGAAUAAAAUUGUUUUAUUUUUCCAUUUUAAUUUUGCUCAAUACAAUUUUUAAAACGGCAUUUCUCUUUUUAGGUUUUUUGCGUUUGUUAUCAAUUUUUUAAAAUUUUUAAAAUUUUGCCUUAUUUGACAUUUUGUGGGUUUAUUGCCUUUUUUGACAUUUUGUGGGUUUAUAGUAUUAUUUGACAUUUUAUGAUUUGACAUUAUAUGGGAUUUGACAUUUUGUGCGUUUUUGGCCGUUUCGC